CUGCUAAAUAAAAUCCGCUUGUUAUUUUAAAGGACAUGAGACUUCUGACUUCACUGGAGCUCAGCACAUUAACACUAAAAGUUUUGAGGAAGUUAAUCAUUUACGGACUUCAGGAAUUUGAAGAAACAUCACAAGCAAUGUGUCUCCUUCAAGCAGUGUUUGAAAAAAUUAAAAUACUGUUACAGUAUAGAAAAGCAGAAACAGGAAAUCAUGAUUUACAAGAAAAACUGGAAAAAUAUGUAAUAUUGUUGACAAAAGUUGUAAGUGGUGUUUUUUUUUUCAUUUUCAAUAUCCCAUUCAUUUUAAGAAUAGAAUUAUAAUUAAAUGAUUGUAUAAAUGUUAAAUGACUCAGUUUAGCACCCUCCUAAUAGGCAUCCUCUUUACAUGUAAUAAGCACAUUAUAACUCCUUUCUAGUC